AGUAUUAGUAUUUUUAUUACCAUUUUUUCCCUCCUUGCAUUUCCCUAUAUAGACUCCCAUUCCUAAUGUCAAUCAUACCUCCACACUCAUUCUAUCAACUAACUAAGCUUCAGUUCCUAAAAUCCUCUCCAUAACCAGCCAUGUCUGAAUCACCAUUAACUGGAGAUAGGUUCCGCAUUGGCUACGCACUCGCACCCAGAAGCGUAAGCAGCUUCAUCCAAGAUUCUCUCCUCCUUCAUGCCAAACAACGCGGCGUUGAUCUCAUCAAAAUCGAUCUAGAUAAGCCUUUAGUCCAACAGGGUCCUUUCGACUCUGUUUUCCACAAGCUCUACGACGAGGAAUGGAAGAAACAACUGGAGGAAUUCUCUAUCUUAAAUCCAACUACUAUCAUUGUCGAUCCGAUUGAAUCAAUCGAGAAGCUGCACAAUCGAGUCUCUAUGCUCGAUGCAGUCAGCCAGUUGAAAAUCGAGAACGUUAACAUUCCCCUGCAGGCUUUUGUUGAUUCCAACGAAAGCCUGCAGGAUGCUGUUGCUGCUAAUCAGGGGAUGAAAUUCCCCCUGAUUGCAAAGGCGUUGUUAGCCAACGCCACUGCAGACGCUCACCAGAUGUUUCUGGCGUUAAACAAAGAAGGAUUAAACGGAAUCAAACCUCCAAUCAUACUACAGGAAUUCGUAAACCACGGAGGAAUCAUUUUCAAGGUUUACGUAGCAGGUGAUCACGUAAAAUGCGUGAAAAGGAAGUCGUUACCUGAUAUAAACGAAGAGAAAUUGGGAAAUUCGGAGAAUUUGAUUCCGUUUUCUAUGAUUUCUUACUUUGCUGAUAAUGAACAGAGCGAUGAGAGCUUAGCCAAGCUGAUGGAGGCAGCAGAGAUGCCUCCAUCGAGCUUCGUUAACGAAGUUUCAAAGCAGCUAAGGCAUGCUUUGAAACUGCACCUUUUUAAUUAUGACAUGAUAAGGGAUAGUAGAGUCGAAAAUCGAUAUCUAAUUAUCGAUAUAAAUUAUUUCCCUGGCUAUGCUAAGGUGCCUGAAUAUGAAACUAUGUUGACGCCUUGUUUUCUUGAUAUUGCACAUCAGAAGCGUAGCAGGGAGAAUGGUAAUUUGGACCAGUCGGAGAACAAUAAGACUCACGAGGCAGAAUCUAAUGGUCAUAAGAUGGACCAGUUGGAGAAUAAUAAGCCUCAUGAGGGAGAAUCUAAUGGUCAUAAGAUGGAGAAGUAAUGAUUCACCCAUGUUGAUUAUGUUCAUUUGAUUUGUGUUGAUUAAGAUUACUCGUUCUCUUUCACUGUUUUAUGUUGUUGAUUUGCAUGUAAUGUAUGAGGUGUCGUUUGCACUUUUGCCACCAUCGAUGGUCUUUAACUCAAAUAAUUUUUAUGUGAGGCAUAA